AUCUAAAAAUAGAGGGAAUCCGUACGUGUCUGCUGUUGUUAGUUUGUUAUUGUUAGCAAACUGUAAUAUUUAAGUUGCUGCAAGGCUGAUAACAUAGAAUAGAACAAAGAUGACUGAUGCCAAUCUUCCUCUGUCAUUUGAAUCCUGUGCUGCCGAGCUUCAUGAAAUAGCACUGAAGCUGCCAAAUGGUACCAUCAAGAACAAUUAUGCGUUUCAAACAGACUUACUUAUUUCAAAGGAAAUAGAGAGAAUCUGUAAAGAAGAGAACUUGGUCCAACAACCACCAGAUUUAAAGAUGCAGAUGUACUAUGGCCAGGGCAAACAAAAAGUUAUGGACAACAAGAGGAAGUUGAAGUUCUACAUGAUGGAUUUCCCUAUAUGUCAAAUAGAACUGGUCGCUGAGAGUGCUGCUAAGGAUAGUGAUGGAUACAGCGCCAAACUGGAUGGCUUCAAUGUGAAUAUGAAAUCUUAAAAUUCCACCAGAGCUAAAUAAUGGAUGUGCUUAUGACAGCUUGAAAAAAUAUCCUGCAAGUUCUAUUAAUUAUAAGAUAAAAUUUGUAUAACAAAGAUUGUUCUUGAUAUAAACUAUAAACCAUAUUGGUAUUGCUAACCGGUGAUAGUUAGGUUUGAGGUUUUAAAUAUAGUUAUCAGUGGUAUCAGCUAUACAAUAUUGUAGGAAAGGUUAAUGCAUUUUACCUUAAAACCUAAACAGUUUAAAGUUACGUAAAUUUUAUGUUGUGUUAUAAAUUCCUUAGAGUGAAUUUUUCAAUUAAAGAACAUAGAUAAAAAUGAUAAAAGCAUUAAGAAAUAGUUAUAAAUGCAGUUUCUAUUGACAGUAGAUUAAGUAAAAUAUAUAAAUUAAUAGUAAAUAUGUGUUUAAAAUUAUAGUAAUAGCAGGCAUUCAACUGGAGACACUUUUUACAAACUUCUGAAUGUUGUAUUUUUUCAUUGGCAAAAAACCUUAUUUGGCAGGACAGUUUUAAGUGGCAGGUUGUUUAUUCUUUAUUGAGUGCAGCAUAUCUCUUUCCUUAUUGUUGAGUGUUUACAAUAUAGUUAAAUUAAGGUGUCUAUCUACUGGUGGGGUGUUAAAAUGGCGAUUAACUUCUCUGGUUCAGAUAGUUGUAUGAUUUGCCUAAAAAAUACAAUGUUGGUCAUUUUAGCUGAAGUGAAAUGUAAAUCUUUUUUUAUUCUUGCCAUUCCAAAACCUCAUUUAUAAACUUACUGUAAUUUAGUGAUCAAUUAAAUAAUUGUAAUAAUACGGAUAAUUAUAGUUAAAACCUAAUUUCUUUUUCCAGUAAUCUCAAAUUUAUAAGCAAACUUUAGUAUUAGACCAAACCUUGCCUUCUCUUCAACAUUGUGUUCAAUUUUACCGACACUAUACUGUGUGCUUUUUAAUUUUAUCACUGUAUAGAAAAGGAGGUGUAGCCAUACUGUAAAAAUUAAAACUGAUCUAUUAGUAUUUAAUCUCAGGGCUUUUCGAGUUUUAAAAACACAAAACGGACUAUAUUUAAUCUGGAUCUGAGAAACCUUGGAUAAUCAUUAGUGUCAAUUUUUAAUUGUGGGUUCUUUUAAUUGUAAGGUUGUUUUUUUUUUAAUUUUAAUAUUUGGCAAUGCAUUGUGUUUUAUACCACUGUUAUUAGAAAACUAAAUAACUGUUUUUAGCACUUUCACUGUCUUUCAGUCUUUAAGAAAAAAAUGAUUUUUUUUUUACUGCAGUUGUUGUGGCUCAUAGAAUUUAAAGAAAGCCUUUUAAACAAUCUAUGUUGUAUUAAAGGCUUAAUUUUUUUUUUUACUGCAUUUCUCUUGCCACUUUAUGUAUUUACAGAAACAUUUUUUUUAUCUGUAUAAGCUUUGAGAUUAUGAGUCUAGUCUUCAAUUUGGACAGAACAUUGUUGACAUGGUAACUUCCUCUAGAAUAUUAUUGAUUUUAGUAUUGUAGACAGAAAUCAAACAUAAUUUUUAUGUAUUUCAAGAAAAUACAAAGCUAAAUAUUUCUAUCAAUAUACACAAUUACUAUAUUUUAAACUUUAAAAAAUUGUCUUGUUUUCUUUUAAUGUGAUAUACCAAAAAUAUUUGUAUGCUCCAUUUGUCUUUAAUUAAGCAAUUAUACAUAAACCUUUUUUGUGAAAAAGAGUGUGUGUGUGCAUGUUUCAAUUGAUAAAUGUAUUUGAAAUGUUAUUUAUUGAUCAUAGUUUUUAAUUGAAUGAUUUUUUAAAAAUGUUUUAUAUGCAUAAUUGUUUUGUUCGAUAGAUGUGCUAUAAACUAAUGUUACUGAUAGUCUGUUUUCAAUACUCAAAAUUUUGCAGUAUAUAAAAGGGUGUGGCACACACUAGUCUUCCAUGAAAACUGAAGCAGGUUGAUGCUUAAAAUUAAAAUCCUUGUUAACUUACAUUUGGAGAGUGCUCACAGCUAGUUGGGGAAAACAAAGAUAUCUGGUAAUUAUUGAGCUCCAUAUAUUGGACUACCUUCUGACGAAUUGUUUUGGAAUAAUAAUCUGUAUUUAAUAUUCUUCUUAUAAAAUUUGCUUAUGACUGCAAAAUUAUCACAAGAUUUUAACAAAGCAUUGAUCAAAUAUGAAACUCAAUUUGUAGUGCUACAACGCUUUUGUGUCCGACAAUUGUAAAAUGAACCGCUCAUUUUUAAACUAGUUUUUAGUUUCUCCAGUUCUUUCUAAUACCAUGUGGUUUUAAAGUUUUUUUAUGCAGCUACAAUUUUUUUUUUUAAAUUUAUUUUAAAUGUUGACCUGUGGCCAAUACAUUUUUUGUGUGGCUUGUGUGCAUUGAUUUUCUGAACGGUUUAUAUUUUUUUUUAUUUAAAGGUCAGAUAAACCUUAUAAUUUUAUAAUUUAAAACAAAAUUAUUUAUAUUUGUUCAUCAAAUCAGAAAUUUAGAAUUUCUACAGUUCUAACUUGCACCUCCUUCCCCGCCCUGCUGUUUUUAAAUCUUAGUCUUUAAAAGAUGUAUUAGUAAAAAAAAUUGAUUCAUUGUGUUGAAAAAAUUCAUUCAUUUUUUAAGAUACUUAAAUAAUUGGUUGCUACAUAAUAUUGUUUGUUAAGCUAAAUAAAUUCUGAAUAAAAUUCUGUAAAUGUCUAUUCUUUCUAAAUGAUUAUAUUUGUGGUUAUAAUAAAAGUAUUAGACUACAAUUUUUUUUUAUGCAAGUUCUAUUUGUUGUUGAACUUUGAUGCUGAUUAAUAAGUUGAACAUUUUUAAACCAUCAAUUAAAAAUUAACUGACUGACUUUAUUUAUCAUUGCUCUUAAUUGAGAAAAUAUUAUUAUUGCUCAUAUCAAAAGUGUGCUAGAAUACAUAUUUUUCAAUAAUACCAUAAAAGAUAGAUCUAUUUCUAAUGGCAUUAUUUUCAUUGA